AUGCCCACCAAACGCGUCCCUGCCUGCGAGCUGAAUCCACAUUUGGGCUCGGGCCCCACCCGGGGGUGCCUUGCGGACCCCUCGCAGCCGCACAGCGGGGUCGGGUCCCCUGCUGGGCUCCCGGAGCUGUGCCCGGUGCCGCCCCCGGCCCGCCCCGUGACGCGCUCGGUGCGCCGGGAGCGGCUCGGGCCGGGCAUGCGGCGGCGGCGGCGGCGGGGCCGGGGGCGGCCGGGGCCGCAUCAACUGGCUUGUUGUGUUGUGCCUGUGGGGCUCAGCAGCCUGUCAGGAUUUCUUGCCUUUCCAGGAAUUCUCACUCCUCCUGUUCCCUCUCUCCCUGCAGAGGAUGGCUCAGGAGAGUCUGGGGGUCUCGGGGGGGUGGUCAGCACCAUCUCCAGCAGCAGGAGCCCCCUGCAGCCCCCUGAUGCUGAUGAUGGGGAGCCCUUCACCACCUACUUUGACAGCAAGAUCCCAAUCCCCGAGGAUGAGACGCAUUCCUGCUUCAGCUUCCGCAAGCUGUGGGCGUUCACGGGGCCGGGGUUCCUGAUGAGCAUCGCCUACCUGGACCCCGGCAACAUCGAGUCUGACCUGCAGUCUGGGGCUGUGGCAGGCUUCAAGCUGCUGUGGGUGCUGCUGCUGGCCACCAUCAUCGGGCUGCUGCUGCAGCGGCUGGCAGCACGGCUGGGGGUGGUCACCGGGCUGCACCUGGCUGAGGUCUGCAACCGCCAGUACCAGAAGGUCCCUCGGAUCAUCCUGUGGCUCAUGGUGGAGCUGGCCAUCAUCGGCUCUGACAUGCAGGAGGUCAUCGGCUCUGCCAUUGCCAUCAACCUGCUCUCCGUGGGGAAGAUCCCGCUCUGGGGGGGAGUGCUCAUCACCAUUGCUGACACCUUCGUUUUCCUCUUCCUGGAUAAAUAUGGCUUGAGGAAGCUGGAGGCGUUUUUUGGGCUCCUCAUCACCAUCAUGGCCGUGACCUUUGGAUAUGAGUAUGUGACGGUGAAGCCCAACCAGGAGAAGCUGCUGCAGGGAUUGUUCAUCCCCUACUGCCAGGGCUGUGGCACCCCCCAGCUGGAGCAGGCUGUGGGCAUCGUGGGCGCUGUCAUCAUGCCCCACAACAUGUACCUGCACUCUGCCCUGGUCAAGGUGAGUGCCAGGAGGGCAUCAGGGGUGGCCCAAGGAUCCCAGAGGGUUUUCCAUCCCAUUCCCAGCCCAUUCCCUUAUUCCCACCCUUCCGUGCCCUUACAGAACCAGGUCUGUGCCAACUCCAGCAGCCCCCACUCCUCGCUCUUCCCCAACAACAACGAGACCCUGGAGGUGGACAUCUACAAGGGGGGCGUGGUCCUGGGCUGUUACUUCGGCCCCGCUGCUCUCUACAUCUGGGCCAUCGGGAUCCUGGCGGCCGGGCAGAGCUCCACCAUGACGGGCACCUACUCGGGCCAGUUCGUCAUGGAGGGCUUCCUGAACCUGCGCUGGUCCCGCUUUGCCCGGGUGCUGCUCACGCGCUCCAUCGCCGUCACCCCCACGCUCUUCGUGGCCAUUUUCCAGGACGUGGAGCACCUGACGGGCAUGAACGACUUCCUCAACGUCCUCAUGAGCCUCCAGCUCCCGUUUGCGCUGAUCCCGGUGCUCACCUUCACCAGCCUGCCCAGCGUCAUGCACGACUUCGCCAAUGGGCUGUUCUGGAAGGUGGCCGGGGGUCUCCUGAUCCUCCUCAUCUGUUGUAUCAACAUGUACUUCGUGGUGGCCUACGUGAUGUCCCUGCACAACCUGGGGCUCUACAUCGGGGCUGCCGUGCUCAGCGUCAUCUACCUGUCCUUCGUGGCGUACCUGACGUGGCUGUGCCUCAUUGCCCUGGGCGCCUCCUUCCUGGCCUGCGGGAACACGGGCCGCCUGGGCUUCGCCGCCAGCCCCGAGCUCUUCCUCCUGGGCCACGUGGAUUCCGACCCGUCCGUCACCAGGUGACCACGGCACCAGGACCAGACCGGACCUCCAGGACCCCCGGAGUGGGGGAUGGACCCCUG